UUCGAAUUCGACCCACACCUGCUAACCUACAAACGACAACGACGUUACCUCGCGACCUUCGUUGCUCCAGUUCAGUCUGGUUCAGUUAACUUAUAAUAACUGCUCUGAAUUCACCAUUAGAAAUCGCAUUUUCGAGGGAAAAUCUGUCAUCAGUGCACUACCUAUUACGUCAAAGUUUAGUUGUUCUGCAAGUUUCGAGUAAGCUCAAUACAAGCUUGCAUUUGUGUAUGUUGGUAACUAUGUAGGUCAUCAGUGAAAGGGAAAAACUUUGUUCCAUGAUUAUUACAGCUGUUUGAUCAAUAGGAGUCGCGAGAAAAUUGUUGACUUCAAAACAGACUUAAAGUGAUUUUUUUCCCUUAAAAAACAGCAAACCAGACAGAAAACUAUAUAGUAAAAAUGGAUUCAUCACAGCCUAUUCCAGUAAGUUUUGCUCAAAUGGAAAAAGAUCUUAUUUCUGCCCUUGAAAGUGAUGCUCACAAUCAGCUAGAGAAUGAGGCUAAACUCAGAGCCAUAUCUCAGCGGGUUUCAUAUGAUGAAUUCAGAGAUAUUGUACGUGGAGUUCAUCUAAAACCAGUACCAACUGGCUCGCUUUCUGUCAACAAACCACAAAAAGGAAGAAUAUGGAAUAACAUUGCAUUGAGCAAAAAAAGUUAUGAAACAGAGGCAUGUGAAGCUAGAAAAGGACCAGCAGCAACACCAGCAAAUAACUACAGCCUUAAUCAACUCCCAAUAUCUGCUCAAUUUCUGAAUUCCUGGCAGCAAUCAGACACAAAAUCAAGGCUUUUGAUUUUGUACAAAAUAGGUCCUGCAGGUUUAAAUAACAUAUUUACAAUUGACAUGCCAACUGCCCUGUUGGGAGAAAUUUUUGAAGCUCUCCUCUGUUUCAAUCCUGUAACAGAUGUGGUAGCAGUGAUUAAGUUGAUGGAAGCGCUCACUAAAAUUAAGCGUUUCAAUCUAAUUGUACAUUUUCUCAAUGCUUCUGAGAGGGAAACCUGUCAGCAGUUGAUUACCAAGCUCUUAGCUAGUCUUGUUCAACGGGAACAAGAUUUUGCUGAAGAAGGCAUUACAGAGUGGACCAUUCAAGAAUUGGGCAAACGAUUUCUAGUUAGGUUAUAAAGCAAUUCAUCCACUACUUACCUUCUUGUUCCUCCCAACUGUCAAUCUCCAAAGACCAUUUCUCUAAGAGAAAGCCAGCAGCAAAGUAUUCAUCAGAUUCUGAAAGGGGAAGAAUUAUAUUUUAAAUUUUUAUACCUAAUUAUCCACUGAACAAAACAUUUCCAUUUGUUACAGUGUUGUUAAAACUGCCAAUUAUUCCCGUUUUUAUUGUCAUUUGUUCAGUCAUUCCUUCUAUUAGUUAUAUAAAACUUAGUUCUUUGGAAUAUCGGUUUGUGAUGUUAUGCAAUCAACUCAUUUUCUUAGCUUUUUCCAGCCUUUGUGUUUGUCUGGCAUCUUUAAAACUCAAUUAGAAAUAAAUAAUACAAAAUAUUAAAUUUUUCUCUUUUAUUGACAAACACCGUAGCCACACAAAUAUUCAUCCAGAAAUUAAAAUAGGACAAAAUGUAAGCGAGAAAUUGGAUUUUUAACAAGCAAAUGCUGUUUUCUUCUCAUUUUGAAAACUGCCAUGGUAGGGUAGUUUGCACGUGACAUGAUGAAUAUGUAAUAUGUCUUUUGCAAGACGCUUAAAAACCGUGAACUUUGAGCUG